AUGUCCGGCGAAGAUGAAGAUUUUAAAGAAGAUCGCCCACCGAUGCAGGUACUAAGCAGCAUAUUAGCGUCACUUCGUCUAAUCGACUCAGCCCGAGAGCGUUCUGAACUCGAACGCGAAGAUUUGCACGCAACAAUGCGAAUCGUGCUGGCCGUGUUGAUGUUCAUAUUACUGCUCGUUCUCAGCAUUCAUGAAGUCGUUAUUGCUGCGGCUAAAAUGACGUCAUGUCCCGUUGCUCCGUUAAUUCCCGUCUGGUUAAUCGUUUCUGGUUUAAUGGGCAUUUUAAGGAAUACUGGGGCGAUUGUGUGCUCCAUAUAUGAGGAUAAGAAACGUCGAGCGAUCGCUAUAAGAGAUUGUAUUCUGGGCCUCUUCACAGCUCUUUGGAUCAUGUGGUUGAUCGUUGGUUCCUACUGGACGUACAGCGUAUACGAUAAAGUCGUAUAUCAGUCGAAUAAGGAGAACUACUGCGAUCAGUUGCUGUACUGCUUUACGUUCUCGUUGAUCACCACCAGCUAUGUGAUUAUCGGCAUUACAUUUUGCUGCAUGAUAUACUGUGUCGUGUUUCUUUGUUGUCAUAAUAGUUCUGUGGCCAUCAUUACAUAA